AUGCUUUCCCUUGCCUCACAUUCACCUCAGAACAUCACCGUACCGUCUCUUGUCAUUCAUGGUGCCUUCGACCCACUGCUGGUUCUGGAACACGGUGUAGCCACACACAAGGCUAUUCCCGGAAGCAGUUUUCUAAAAAUAGAUACGAUGGGGCACGACCUGCCGGAGAAGCACUGGGGUGACAUUGUGGGAGCUAUCCAUGAAGUGGCCGCGAAAGGAGUGGUAGCCGCAGGCGGUAGUAAUAAGAGCACGGUAGGGGAUGCGGGUAAGACUGAGUCUGGCACGGAUGCGGUAGCUAAGGAGGUACAGCCUGAGGUCAAAACGGUCCAAAAUUCCAAGAUUGGGGAGAACGGAAGUGGUAGCUCUAUGCCGGAAGGACCCGGAAGAGUGGUGGUGACAGCCCAGGCUAUAUAGGGCCAGAAGUGUAGGGAGAUGCUACACAAUUUUAACUAUGUAGGUUCAGUAUAGUGUAGGCUAGUAUAUGCUAUAUGGUAUGCUGUAUGCUAGGCAGGUACAGUAUAGUGUAGUAUAGUGCAGACUAGUGUACGCUAUAUGGUAUAUAGUAUGCUGUAUGCUAGGCAGGUAGUGGUAUCUUUACAGCACUGGGUGUGUGCAGUGGUGCAUAUACAACGGGUGGUCGUAUCCCGUGGGCGAAGGGGUCGGCAAUAACACCCGCAAAUCAACCACAUGCUCACCAAUCAUCAUGCAGCAUACUCAGUAUGUUAUAAUGUACUAUAUUGUAACACACCUAUAGUAUGUUAUAAUGCACUAUAUUAUAACGCACUUAUAGUAUGUUGUAUUGCACUGUAUUAUAACGUACUUAAAAAGUAUGUUAUAUUGCACUAUAUUAUAACGCACUUAU